GUAAUUUUUUUCCCCCCUGAUUUUACUGGAUCUAAAUCUAGGAUCAUGCAGGCUACAUUACAGGUCUAAGACCCCACCAGUGAGUUUGUAUUUGAUAUUUUAGCAAUAAGUAAGUGAUUGUGGAUUUGGGGUCUUGGGAGUAGUUCAUGGGAAGGGCAGCUAAUGAUGAUGACCAGGGAAGCUGGGAAGCAAACAGAGUGUAAGCCAGAGUCUGAAUGGAAUAGACAUCUUAGUGAGGUCGUCGCCCAGCUGUGGUGAGGCUGCAAAGGCCAUGGUGUGGAAACAGAAAUGCCGGAAGAAGGGGAGCGUCAUUUCCACAGGUGGACAGGAACGAGGCUGUUACUUCCUACACUAGGAUACUGGAAUGUCGUACCCGGGCUAUCCCCCUACAGGCUACCCGCCUUUCCCUGGAUAUCCUCCUGCAGGACAGGAGUCAUCUUUCCCCCCUCAGGGUCAGUAUCCAUAUCCUAGUGGCUUUCCACCAAUGGGAGGAGGUGCUUACCCGCCAGCACCGAGUGGCGGCUACCCAGGAGCUGGAGGCUACCCUACUCCGGGAGCUUAUCCCGCUGCUGGGGGCUAUCCUGUUGCCCCACAUCCAGGGGGCGCUCCAGCCUAUCCUGGAGGACAAGGCUUUGGGGCUCCACCCGGUGGAGCAGGCUUUUCUGGCUAUCCACAGCCACCUGCACAGUCUUAUGGUGGUGGACCAGCCCAGGUUCCAGUACCAGGUGGCUUUCCCGGAGGACAGAUGCCCUCUCAGUACCCUGGAGGACAAGCUCCUUACCCUAGCCAGAUCAGUACAGACUCCUUUUCUUCCUAUCCUGCUUUCUCUCCUGUUUCUUUGGAUUAUAGCACUGAUCCUGCUGCAGUGACUCAGGGCACCCAAGGAACAAUCCGACCAGCCUCCAACUUCGAUGCUAUGAGAGACGCAGAGAUUCUCCGCAAGGCAAUGAAGGGGUUUGGGACAGAUGAGCAAGCAAUUGUGGAUGUUGUGUCAAGUCGUUCCAAUGACCAGAGGCAACAAAUUAAAGCAGCCUUUAAGACCAUGUAUGGCAAGGAUUUAAUUAAAGAUCUCAAGUCAGAGCUGAGUGGAAAUAUGGAAGAGUUAAUCCUUGCUCUGUUCAUGCCUUCUACAUACUAUGAUGCCUGGAGUUUACGGAAAGCGAUGCAGGGAGCAGGAACUCAAGAACGUGUAUUGAUAGAGAUUUUGUGCACAAGAACAAAUCAAGAAAUCCGAGACAUCGUUAGAUGUUACCAAUCAGAAUUUGGACGAGACCUUGAGAAGGACAUCAAGUCAGAUACCUCGGGACAUUUUGAACGUCUCCUCGUGUCCAUGUGCCAGGGAAACCGUGAUGAGAACCAGAGUGUAAACCACCAGAUGGCUCAGGAAGAUGCCCAGCGCCUCUAUCAGGCUGGCGAGGGGAAGCUAGGGACAGAUGAAUCCUGCUUCAACAUGAUCCUGGCCACAAGAAGCUUCCCUCAGCUGAAAGCCACCAUGGAGGCUUAUUCUAGGAUGGCUAAUCGAGAUUUGUUAAGCAGUGUAAGCCGAGAGUUUUCCGGAUAUAUUGAAAGUGGUUUGAAGACCAUCUUGCAGUGUGCCCUCAACCGUCCCGCCUUCUUUGCUGAGCGACUCUACUACUCCAUGAAAGGCGCUGGCACAGACGACUCCACCCUGGUCAGGAUUGUGGUCACUCGAAGCGAGAUUGACCUUGUUCAGAUAAAGCAGAUGUUCACCCAGAUGUAUCAGAAGACCCUAAGCACAAUGAUUGCCAGCGACACAAGCGGGGAUUACAGAAAGCUGCUUCUGGCCAUCGUCGGCCAGUGAGAGUGGGUUUGGGUGUUUUUCUUUAAUGAAUGACGCUGUUCAGAGCUUAUCCUUGCAAGCAACAAGACCUGCAUGCAGCAAUGUCAACACCACCUACCUGGAGCAGCUUUUUGUAAGGACUGCGUCAGGGUGACAUGCUUGGUGUGUACACGUUGUUACUGCCUUAAUUCUAAUGUGUUUUUUCUUUCUAUAUCCAGCCAGUGUAAAAGCCAUAUCAAUGAUGUAGUAAUUUUGCACCAUUUGUAAAGCUUUCAUCUGACUGCUUUUAUUUUAAUCAAGAUUUCAAAUUGAAUAAAAAAUCACAGUAAUCUCUAA